CCUCAGGUCUGAUGAGAUACCUGCUUUUCCCCGUGGAAAAUUAGCUUGUAUCAGUCAUAUCUGACCUUAUGAAGUAGCUCUAGUUCAGCCAGUCUUUGCCAAAAUGCAUCAUCUGGUUCCUUUUCUAUCUUCAAAAUGCACGGAGGAAGAAGUGCUGCUCCUGCAAGUGCAGCUUCUGAGUGCUGCACUGUGAUGACCACUACAGCUGAUAACUUUGCUAACUAUGAAGAGGGGCGGGUGGAGCUGGGCCAGAGUUACAGUAGCUCUGUUUUGGACUAUUCAGAAGAUACCUUUGAGUCAUUCAGCGAGGAGGAAGAGGGCUGGUCGCAAUACAGGAGUGAACCGUCUGAAUCUUACUGUUCCACAGAGGAUUUAGAGAAGUCUGCUGUAUCAGAUGUGUUGGAAAGGAUAUCACAGCUGGCAGGCCAAAAUCAUGCAGAUGAACAGUCUGAAAUAGCAGAAUCUGCAGCUAUAGAAGGAGAUUUCUUGGGGAAGUGGAUUGAUCUUCUAAAAAAUAAAGAAACUGGCAUUAAGCAAGACAAAUCUAUCAUCAAAACUCAAGCUGAAAUUGCUGAGGUACCAGAUGGAGAAGUGGAUGCUCUCUGCUCUUUUUGCACCAUUAAGAUAAGCAAGAUGCAUCACCAGCUGAUCUCUAAGCGGUCAAGUGGUGGAAAGCCAAGGAAGCUGCAGCAUGGAUUCACACCAAAGAAAUCAGAGAAAUCAGAGACAAGCGACUUGAACUGCAUUGUUCCUCUUCAGCUCAUGAAUAGAAUCCGCCUGAAAAAUAUCAGGGAGACAAUGAAACAGGUGACAGAAGCUGUAUUGCACAAAUCCUCAUUGUGCCCUGACUGUAAGAAGAAAAAGGCAGAGCUAACCAAGACUACCUUUCUCAGACAAAAGAAGACUCUAGUGGAAAGAGCUUUACUUCAGGAAAAAUUGGAAGAACAGAUUUACUCCAAAGAUGCGCUUACACUUAUAGGAGAAACACUCAGAAGCUUUCCCAAACUUUCAGAGGAUCCCAGGAACUUAUGGCAAAGGCUGAAAGAGAAAGGUCAGAAAAUUUAAAGGAAGGGACUGAGUUCUGUGAAUGUCUGAAAUCUCCAGCUUCAUUGGAAGGAUGAGGGCCAGAAAUCACAGGUUAGGUACUGCAGUUUUAUUGUUUUAAUCUGGAGUUCAUUGUACGUACACUGCCUUUAGGUCAACUCGCACUUCCCUUCUUUGACUUCCUGAUUUUGUCCAUUGAGGAGGAAUGGUUGCCAGAAACAUAUAAAGCAGCAGCGAGCAAGAAAAUUAUAUGUAUGAUACUGCUUUCAAGUGAACACAAAACCAUGUUUUCAAAGUAAAGACCACUGGCUUGAAACUAUAAUCCUACUCCUUGUGAAUCAAUAUCAAAAAUCCCUUUGAUUUCAGUAGGAGGAGAAUCCUUGCUAUCUAGCUUGUGCGUGUCUCUUUUAUGUAUUCACACAGACUUGUACACACACUGCAUUUUCAAAUCAAAUGUAAAAUUACUUCUAGCAUUGAUACCAUCUUAAAUAUGUAUUGGCUUCUUAAUACAGUUCCAGGCUUGCUUUCUGCCUUCAGCUUGCUUAUAAAUUUCCCUGAUGCCUUUUAAAUGCCUCUUCCAUGUUUGUUGCAAUUGGAGAAGAAUGUGCCUACUUCUUCUACAUUUGCAUCUUUUUGAUGUAGACAUCUGUAUGAAAUGUAGCUAUCAUGUUGUAAACCUGAUAUGUAAAUGAUUCUUUUCUCCUCCUCUAGAGCUAGUGUAGUAAGACAUCUACUAAUACACUUGCUCACAAAAUUGCAGAUGAAAGCCAGAGUGGGUGUGAGAGCAAGAGAAAGCGGGGACAAGGAGGAGGGAGGGAAAGGGGGAAGGAAUGGGGAAAGGAGAGAAGAGAGAAAAGAAUUCAAGAAGCACAUAGUGAGGUGUGUCAGUCUCACUACCUGUUUUUCAUGGUAUCUUCUAUAAACUUGUGUAAGGCCGAACAGCCAGAUUUUAAGGGUAUUUCAAAGAUGCAGAUAGGACCAACACAGCCAUUUUCAAAAAUGCCUGUACGUGCUACAGACAGAUCUGUCUUAAUCUUUGGCUGCUUAAAAUACUUUUGGGAAUCUUAAGAUUCCCAAAUUGCAAAGUGCUAAUGAGCUUUCAGCUGAGAGCCAGCUAGGCUUCAUCCUUCUCAGUCGGCUGUGUGUACUUUGAAAGUAUUAAAUAGUAAACAUUUGGGUAUUACACAAUGGCAGUGUCCCUCAAAUAUUUUUGUAAUGUCAACAGGUUUGUAGGUGUUAAACUUGGCAGAUUUAUCUGAGAAGCCCUAAAAUCAAAUGACUUGUUUUUACCUUUGCCUUCCUAAUUGUUAACCUCAAAUAAAAACAUCUGGUCUAUAUUAUAUUUUUUACACUUAAUCAUACCUUAGAAACUUAAUUUGUCUAUAAUCCUUGCUAUGAUGUCCAAUCAUAUAACAAGCAACUUAAAUGAAGAUUUAAACAAGUCAAUUAGUCUUUUAGUUAAGUCUAUAAAAUUCAGAUCUUAAUCUCUCAGAAUGCUUUACCUUAUUUUUAUCCUAAUGGACCAGAAAAGUCUGCUUUUAGCAGUUGUUCAGCCUGUUCUGUCUUCAUUAUACUCUGGAAAUACGAUACGAGUUUUCUAGGCUGUCUAAUGGUUUUGUUUUGAGGUUUUCUCCUCUCUUAUGCAAGAGUAGGAAAAGACUGCAAGUUUUGGAAUUACUUGUAGUAGCUUGUUCCAGCAUUGAUCAGAUAUGUAUAAAUCAACAAAAGGUCCAAUUUUGUUUACGUGAAAGGAACAAUAUCCCGUGGUUUCCUGAAUCAGGAUAGGACCAGGAAUAUCCUGAUUCUCUUAAAAACUGCAGUAGGCUCAGAUAAUUUUGAGGGACAGACUGAAUAUGACAACAGCAAGGAAUUUUAGAGCAGAACCUGAUGCCCCUUCUGCAUUGAGAGAUGCUGAGGAAAGCAGCUUCUGUUGUUUCAGGUGCGAGUUGAAGAUUUUGCUUUUAUGUUCCAGAACUAAGUAGUAGUAGUGGGCAUGUCUGUCUGUGAUUUGUGUGGACCAUAAAUGUAAUACAUGAUUUCUGUGGGCUUUCAGUUUGUAGGGGAGCUAUGUGGAGCUACUUCUGUUUUUUUUUAAGGUUUUAAUUUAAAUUAAGUAAUGCCUGAAGUAAGGACAAUUGAAGCAACAGAUUUGUUGUUUUGUAGGCUCUCUCUGAAACUGAUAUUCAUCCCAUUGAUUUUAAGGUGACUUCUCAUGGCAUGUUAAGAGUGAUUUGAUAAACACCAGCAGCUUCUUAGGCAUGAAUACAGCCUUCUUGUAACUGCAUGUUUUGGCAAAUGUUAUCUUUUGUGUGUACACAGUACAAAUAUGUAUGCAAGUUGCUGGCGCCUGUUUCCAGGAACAAGCUACAAGUAAAUCAUGUUAUAGAUUAGUGCUUGAUAAAUGUACCUGUGAUGUGCGUUUUAAUCUUCUUGUCUGUAUCUUGGUGUGAAGAGAGUUGAUCAUCCUGAUCAAUGAACUCUUCGUAUAACAUUUUUGCAGUAGCUUUGAAAUUCUAUAUUAAAUGCUCCUAAUAAAUGUGCUGACUGAG